CGAUUCGUUAGACCGAAAGGCCGUGAGCUGUGUACAUCAGCUGUGUUGAUUUUUGUUCUACCAAAUCUAAACUGCGUCUUAUGAUUUACCUCUGUAGCAACGCAAGAAGAGAAAGGGAUCAAAUUGUUGAGGGGUUAUGUUAUGAAUCUAAAUAUUAGUUGAUACAAAUUAAUUUAAAACAUCAUGCCUGUCCCGUCAGGAGCAUUUCAAACUUCUGGUCCAUCAUGCUUUGAUAAAAUGAAACUUGGAUUUACAAUAGGUUUCUGUGUUGGAAUGGCAUCUGGAGCUCUUUUUGGUGGAUUCACAGCACUCAGGUACGGACUGAGAGGCAGGGAGCUGGUGAACAAUGUCGGGAAGGUCAUGUUGCAAGGAGGAGGAACAUUUGGGACCUUCAUGGCAAUAGGAACUGGAAUCCGUUGCUAGACUUCAUUAGUUGUGACUGAAAAUUUUCUUGUAUUAUAAGUCUAUACACAAUAUAUAUUUUCAGUUUCCUUCAAAACUCUAAAUCUGUUGCUUAUUACAAUUAAACUGUAGCCCAUCUAGAAUGUUUACCACUGAUUAUUUAUACAAUUGUUUCUAAAUAAACUUGUUUUAAACAAAA